AUGCAUUCCUCAGUCACUGUCCUCCAGCACUCCCAUGCAACUCGGGAGCGCCAAGGCGGCUCUACGUGGCAACAUGCCUUGGCUCGAUCUGCUUUCCUAAGAAUGAUCCCCUUGUCUCGUAGCCAGCUGGGUCAUCGCUUCCCCUAUUUGGAAAAAGAAAGGAAGAGAGCAGAGAGGAACAGGAACGGAUGUGGUUCCAAGGCAAUGACCUCUGACCCCCCAGCACUCACUGAAGUGGUGACCUCUUACCCUGAGCCCAGCAGCACUGGCCCAACUGAAAGCCUUCCAGAAACUAGCAGCAGCACAACACUGGGCAUACAAAACCCGCUGACCCUUGACUGUCUUUUUCCUUUAACACCUCCUCUUCCUCCUCCACCUCCCCUUGCUGCAGACAGCCCUGACCUCCCAAAUCUGUCACCUCCAGUCCUGCCACCACCUCUGCCACCAUCCAAACCUUUUUCUACCUUCAGUCCUUCUCCUCCUCCCUCAACACCGCCUCGGGUUAAGAGCCCCCAGCGUCCGCCCGCCCUCAACCUAAAGACGCUGCCACGGCCCACUGUUAGGGAGAACGGUGGGCCCCCGCUGGGGUUGGACGAGGAAGAGGAGGAGAAGAAGAUGCUGGAGGAGGAUCUGAAGAAAUGCAUUGACGACUUUAAGAAGAUUCGCUUGCCCAGAGAGUUUCCGGAUCGCAAGAGGCACUGGCAAAGUGACUUGCUUAAGAAGUACAAUGCAUAGAGCUUUUUACUGCAGCGCCAUGGUGAAGAAACUUGUCGAGGAUUUUAUAACAAUGUUGUGAACAGUGGACUCCAGGUUUAUAUUCACGUUGCUUUGAGUCAGCAAGUUUACUUAAACCUCUUAUGUAGUAGCUUUUGCAUGUCAACAGAACUGAAAUGUUUGAUAAAGUGUAGUGCUUAGGCUGAGUUUGAAUAGCAAUCACACAUCCAUGAUUAAAACACUGAGAUUUGUCUUUUUCCAUAACAGAAAACAGCAUCCCUGAAGAGAUUGUUAGUGACACGUCUUUGUUCCACACAGCUAUUUGGAGACAUUUUUUUACUCAGUCAAAGGAUAAUAUAUGUAAUGUCUUUAGAGAGUUCUGCCCUGCUCUCUGUACUGUAUUCACU